AUGGCCACCAAGAUGAAGCUGGAAAGCCGCACCGUGCUGUGGGACAUCGCCAACUGUGCCGCUGAUAUGAAGGCCAGUGAUGGCCCCACAGAGCCGGGGGGAGCCUAUGGAGGGGCACCAGACACCAGGCUCUUCACCUCCCAGGGUGCCGUGGCUACUGGGGUCGCAGUGAAGGAGCAUCUGAACUUGCCGAAGCCCCUGAGAGAGACCUCUCAGUUGGAGCAUCAGCUUCUAAACCCUGUGAAAGCACCUGGAUGUGCCCAGCCAAAGGAUUGUGCUAUUCGUGAUGAUUUGCUUGGUGUGCAAGACUCAGAAGAAAAUGCUGACAUCUAUUGCUGCAGCACCUAUGGGCAGGACAUCUACAAUUAUCUGAAAGAACUUGAGGAAAGUCAACCUGUUAGACCCAGAUAUCUGUCUGGUCAGGAAAUCAAUGGGAAUAUGCGUGCCAGGCUAGUAGACUGGCUUGUGAAAGUACAGAUGAAAUACAAACUCUGCGAGGAAACCUUGUACAGAUCAGUUGCUAUCAUCGAUCACUUCCUGCAGAACAAUCCUGUUCCCAAGAUCAAUUUGCAGCUGGUUGGUGUCUCUGCUAUGUUUACUGCCUGCAAAUAUGAAGAGACUAAUCCCCCAUGUGCUGGAGACUUCACCCAUGUAACUAAUAACACUUACUCAGCGCUGCAAAUCUGCCAGAUGGAGAAGAAGAUCCUGAAAGCCCUGGACUUCCGCGUGGGUCAUCCUCUCCCUCCAUACUUCCUGAAGAGGAUUGUAUUAACCUCAAAGAUGGGACUCAGAGAGAUUGUUCUGGCUAAGUACCUGAUGGAGUUGUCCAUUUUGGACUAUGAUAUGGUUCACUUCCCUUCAUCCAAGACUGCGGCGGCUGCUGCCUGUUUGAGUUGGAAGCUAAUGAAAAAAUGGGAAUGGACACCAGCUCUGGAGUACUACACGUCAUUCUCCGAGAGCAACCUUCUCCCAGUUAUGCAGCACAUGGCAAAGAAUGUAUUUCUUGUGAAUGAAGGCAUUAGCAAUAAUUUGGCAAUCAAGAUGAAAUAUGGCACGCUUGCGAACUUGGGCAUCAGUGCCCGUCAGGAGCUCUCUUCUUCGGCUAUAUGGGAACUAGCCCAACCUCUAGUUGAUAAAUAA